AUGGUAUGCAAGUAUGAAAGCUUUUCAUGUUUUCACCAGAAUCGAGGGCGAUUAUUUCGAGAACAGCAUCAACAGGAAUGUUUCAAUAACGCCAAUCGACAGCUCGUCAAGAGGAAUCCGCCAUCAUCUUCUGCAGGAAUCGACCUUGGAAACUCUUCCCGCACACUUUUACUCGAAAUGAAAGGUUGGUUGCAAAUGGCUCGGUCGGCCUUGUCUGUUGCUUCUGCCCCAUGGCCAAGUGAUACCAAUUCGUGUCGGUGUCGCGAGUUGCACGAAUUUGUCACUCAGUUUCGAGUCCGUUGGCUGCUGUUUAUGAAAAGGUGUCGCCUAGGCACCCAAAGUUGCCCCGUCUUCGUCCAUAAGGUAUGUUGUGGCCGUGGCCACUCUAAGCUGAAGCAGAGAGGCAGGCGAGUAGUUGCUAUGGCAGCAGGGCUCAUCUUUAUGAGGUCUCCACGAGGCCCAAAAUCACGUGGCUUGGCAAGCAUCAACGAGAGGUAUCUAACGCAACAGCCGACAACCUCACGGCUUGGCGACCGGGUUGUUGCAAAAUGA